AUGGCAGAAGCAUUCAAGUUCAAACUACUUCAAUCCACUCCUUAUUGUGCCCAGGCUAAUGGACAGGUAGAAUCAAGCAACAAGGUGAUUAUCAACAUUAUCAGGAAAAUGCUUGAGGAUAAUCCAAGGCAAUGGCACGAAAAACUGUCAAAAACCUUGUGGGCCUAUAGAACUUCAAAAAGAGAAGCAACUGGCAUGACUCCAUAUGCUUUGACUUAUGGGCAUGAUCCAAUUCUGCCCAUGGAAAUCGCAGUUCAAUCCAUCAUAAUUGCCCAACAACAUAAUUUGGUUGGGGAAGACUAUUCACAGGCAAUGCUGCUAGAAUUAGAAGGGUUGGAUACCAGCAGAAUUGAUACUCUCAACAAACUUUUAGCAGGGAAGCAGGCUGUGGCAAGAGCCUAUAACAAGAAAGUUAGAAACAAGAGUUUUGAAGAAGGAGAAGUUGUCUAG